UUCUUUCGUGCCCUGCCCACCUUGGGAAAUUGAAACUGUUGCGCGUCAAUUUUUGCAGUAACUUUCAAUAAAAAUUUAUCGGUGACAGGAUGGAUGAAUGUUGAGUCAUCUCUGUAUUCAAUCAUCAUCAUUAUACUAGACGUUAGUGAUGGGAUGCAAAAACAAAAUAAUUGCGUGCGAUUUUAUCAACGGGGUUCGAUCCGGCGACGGGAGGAAAGUAGGGAGCUUUGGCUGUUUUCGUGCAGGACAGGAGGAGUUUUAUUUGACAUGAAGGGGCAGAGAUUUUGAGAGCAAAUAUGCAAAUUUAUUUGCAGAUUUAGUUGUCUAAGCAUGCCCGGAUAUCCCUUAAAUGAGUCCAUGCUUUCUGGAUUUUUCUUUGACGGGCGAAAGGUUUCUCCUUCGCCCCCUGGAAAUUGGCCGCUUCAGGUUUCUAAUUCUUCGGUGGCUGCGGGUUCUUCUUCGACCUCUUCAAGGCAAAUUUUUGCUGGGGGUAAAUUGAAGCAUAAGGCGGCGUGCAGGGUUCCGUCGCAGUCUCAGGCGUCGCGUUUGCUCAAUGGAUUUGGGAGAGAAUCGGACGAGCCUUCGAAUCGGAAAUGUAGCAGCGAUGAGAGCGAGAACGAUCUUGCCGCUAUGGUGCACGAUUUUAUUGAAAAUGGGAACAGCGCUAACGAUUUCACCGAUCAAGCUGAGAAGGAUGUUGAGGCUGUUAAUAUCCUUGAGCUCAAGGAGUCUCUGCAGGCUUUGGUCUCCGGCGUCACUUCACAUGAUAGAGAUCUGUUCUCCAGCAUCUCGACGAUUUUGGUCAAUAUAAGUGCAGUGGAUUUGGUAGGGCAAAGCACCGGCGCUAACUGCAACGGAAGCUGCAUUCGGCAGCUGCUGGUGAAGAACUUAAAGCUUGCAGGCUACGACGCGGCCUUGUGCAAAGUCAAGUGGAACAACUCCGGCAGAGUGCCUGGAGGCGAGCAUGAAUACAUAGAUGUCGUGGCUGAUCGGAGCUCAGAAACGUCCGAUCGUAUCAUAAUUGACACGGAUUUCAGAUCACAGUUCGAGAUCGCGAGGCCGGUGUCGCACUAUCAGGCAACGCUGAAAUUAUUGCCGGUUAUUUUCAUCGACAAGGCGCUAAAGCUGGAGCAAAUUUUGCAGAUAAUGUGCAAAGCGGCGAAAUGCUCGUUAAAGCAGAACGCCAUGCCCGUUCCUCCGUGGAGAACUCUGGAGUACACGAAAGCCAAGUGGUUCUCUGCCUAUCAAAGAUGUAUUAACAGUAGAGAAGAAGAUCAUAUAGUUUCGAAGCACAGGGAGGUCUCCUGUUCGAAACGCUGCGAGGAGCAACUAGUACACCUUAAGAGCUUUUUGAAGAAGGAAUCGGCGGAUGCAGGAUAUACAACGUUGAAGAGCAUCACCAACAGAGGUAAAAUAUUCAUGAGGGCUAAACCUAGCUGCUGGUCAUAGAGCUCACCUAACUUUUUUCUCUGUAAAUUUUCCUUCAGAGGGGAAAAUUCUCUCGUACUUACGCAUAUGUACAAUGUGACCUACAGCAAUUUUAAUCUUGUCAAGAUUGUCUCUUUC